CUAUUGUACAGUCUUAAGUUGUAUGCUCAUGUGAUUAUCUUUCAGGUUUUCGAAAUUCUAUAUGAUUAUGAAGCUAGGAAUAAUGACGAGUUAAACCUUACUGCUGGGACAACGGUGAAUGAAGAAGAGUUAUGGUAUUACGGUGAACGCCAAGAUGGCACGCGUGGUUUAUUUCCUGGAAAUUAUGUGAAACUUUUAGGUCAGUGUUCUGAUGCCAAGAUAAUCGCUGCCGAGGAAAUCUCUGAUCCACCUACCGGAAGAGGAGCGUCAGCCGAAGUCUUCAAAGUGUUUUAUCAAGGAGAGUGCGCGAAUCCUAUGACGUUGAAGGUUUCUUUAAAAAGAGAAGCGGUUGUCAUUAAUCGACUUCGGCAUCCCAACAUCAUACACCUGUUAGGGGUUUGUCUUGAGCGACCACGUACUGGCUUACUGUUGGAGCUUUGCGCCGGUGGAUCUCUGAAAAGGUUGUGUCAGACGCUGGUUAAUUCAUUUGUUUCUGUGAGGAUACUAGUCGAUUGGGCUGCACAAAUUGCGUCAGCGAUGAAAUGCCUUGCCUCGGAAAAUCUUAUGCAUAGAGAUCUCAAAGCGGACAAUGUCUUGGUCAAAGAGCGCGUAUGUCUGUGCAAUUAUGCCGAAGGGUAUUGUCAGAGUUGCGGAGGAAGAUCAUUAGACCGUCUGACAAUGAAGAUUACUGAUUUUGGGAAUACGAAGAAAAUAAAAGACGAAGAUGAGAAGCGUCAAAGCCUAGUUGGAACUUAUGCCUGGAUGGCGCCAGAAGCUUACAAAUGUCAAAAGUAUUCCGAAGCUUCGGAUGUAUGGAGUUUCGGUGUUGUGUUAUGGGAAUUGCUGACGCGAAAAGAUCCUCACCAGGGGCAUUUGCCUAUCACAGUAGCCUACCUCGUUUCUACAAGUGGAUUCGAUCUACCGAUUGCUGACGAUUGUCCACUCAAAUGGAAGGAUAUAAUGCAGAGCUGCUGGAAUAAGCAUAAUUUCACUUAUUUUUUUAAUGAUUGUUUCUAUUCUUUAUUGACGAGCUUCAGCAAGAUGCGACGUCUAUGUCACAAGUUGUACGAACAGUUGGACAUAAGGUCGGGAGAUAGCUCGUCGAAGUCUAAAGAGGCGUCAGCACCUGAAGUGCGAGAGCGUCGUAAAGGCAAGAAGAAGAUCGAGAAACAGGACAUAUCGCAGCCUCAAGGUUUUGAAACAGAGGUGAAUAUGUAG